GUGACAUGACAAAGCUGCACAUAUUUGGGGUGUGGCACAACGUUCCCAGGAAGGUGGUGACCUAUGGAGACCCUGAGCUGACCUACACUUACUCAGGUGUGACCUUGUCUCCCAAGCCUUGGAUCCCAGUGCUCGAACGGAUCAGGGAGAGAAUUGCCUUGGACACAGGGCACAGCUUCAACUUCGUCCUCAUCAACAGGUACAAGGAUGGUUUGGACCACAUCGGGGAGCACCGAGACGACGAGAAGGAGCUGCUUCCCUGCAGUCCCAUCGCCUCCGUGUCCUUCGGAGCCUGCAGGGACUUCGUGCUGCGGCACAAGGACUGCAGGGGCAGGGGCAAAGCCCCCGGGCUGGGCAGGAUCCAGCUGCAGCUGGCCCAUGGCAGCCUGCUCAUGAUGAACCACCCCACCAACCUGUACUGGUACCACAGCCUGCCCCCACGCAGGAGGGUGCUCGCCCCCAGGAUCAACCUCACCUUCAGGAAGCUCAUGGCCAGAGGCAAGAAGUGA